AAAGCAAAUCUGUCUUUGCCUUGAGGGGGCUCCAGGGUGGUCCUGGACCUGGGCUCUGUGCGCCGGGAAAGGGAAGUGGAGGUCUCUGAGAGAAGAUGAAUCUGGCGGAGAUUUGUGACAAUGCCAAGAAAGGAAGGGAAUAUGCACUUCUUGGGAAUUAUGACUCAUCCAUGGUCUACUACCAGGGGGUGAUACAGCAGAUUCAGCGGCACUGCCAGGCCGUCAGAGACCCGGCUGUCAAAGGCAAGUGGCAGCAGGUUCGGCAGGAAUUAUUGGAAGAAUACGAGCAAGUUAAAAGCAUUGUCAGCACUUUAGAAAGUUUUAAAAUUGACAAGCCCCCGGAUUUCCCUGUGUCCUAUCAAGACGAACCGUUCAGAGAUCCCGCUGUGUGGCCGCCUCCUGUUCCUGCUGAGCACAGAGCUCCACCUCAGAUAAGGCGUCCCAAUCGAGACAUAAGACCUCUGAGGAAAGAAAUGGCUGGAGUCGGAGCCCGGGGACCUGUGGGCCGAGCACAUCCUACAUCCAAGAGUGAAAAGCCGUCUUCCAGUAGAGACAAGGAUUACCGAGCCCGAGGAAGGGACGACAAGGGAAGGAAGAAUAUGCAAGAUGGCGCAAGUGAUGGAGAAAUUCCACACUUUGACAGUGCUGGGUACGACAAGGAUCUGGUGGAAGCUCUGGAGAGAGACAUUGUAUCGAGAAACCUAAGUAUUCAUUGGGCUGACAUUGCUGAUUUGGAAGAAGCGAAGAAGCUACUGAGGGAAGCCGUUGUUCUUCCUAUGUGGAUGCCUGACUUUUUCAAAGGGAUUCGAAGGCCUUGGAAGGGUGUACUGAUGGUCGGACCACCAGGCACUGGGAAGACCAUGCUGGCGAAAGCUGUUGCUACUGAGUGCGGCACAACAUUCUUCAACGUUUCCUCUUCUACGCUGACGUCUAAGUAUCGAGGUGAAUCUGAGAAGUUAGUUCGUCUGUUGUUUGAAAUGGCUAGAUUUUAUGCCCCCACCACGAUCUUCAUUGAUGAGAUCGAUUCUAUCUGCAGUCGAAGAGGGACUUCGGAUGAACAUGAGGCAAGCCGAAGAGUCAAGUCUGAACUGCUCAUUCAGAUGGAUGGUAAUUGA